AUGCUCAUCAAAGCGCAGCUCGAUGCUCUUCCGACGCAAUUGUCAUACUCGCCACUGGAAAUUCCGCUGUCUUCAACCUCCACCGCUACACUUUCCGCCUUCUCUGAGCCGAAUCUUGCUAGUGGAUCGCGGGUGCAUUACCUUGCACGGAGAGAUCUCUUCGAUGCUCGAUUCCAGGUGAUAUCAGAAGACAACGGCAACCCUAAUGUCGUUGCGGAAGCGGAAAACACAGAAGAAAAAACCGAGCGAAUCGGUGCGUCUGUGGAUCCAAGAUUACAAUUUCUCGAUACGCCAUCCGAUCUAGUCCCCGGUGUGUACGAAGGUGGCAUGAAGACAUGGGAAUGCAGUUUGGAUUUGGUGGAUUACCUGCAUGCGAGUCUGAAGGAUGGAGACUUAGAAGGGAAAAGAGUAUUAGAGCUAGGCUGCGGCACAGGUAUACCGUCACUAUAUCUACUGCAAAAAAUAUUUUCCUUGCCUUCAACGGAAUCGGCGUUGGAAAGAAGUGCGAUACAUCUCCAAGAUUAUAACCCAUCCGCCCUAGAAUUAGUGACUUUCCCCAACGUGUUAUUGACUUGGUACAUGUCUCCAGCAUCCGAUACAUUUUUAUCAUCCCAAGCAUCUUCCUUAGAUGCCGGGACGGACGAAAUCCUGGAGUACCCCGCGAAAGAUCCCACAAACGCGGGAGAAUUGAUCAUUACCCCUGCACUCAAAGAUGCCUUCAAACAAUCUCUCAAGAAAUAUAAUGUGGAAUUAAGAUUUUUUGGAGGGUCUUGGAAGAAUGCAUCUGAAGGAAGUCUGGGAGGUUAUGAUAUUCUCCUUACCUCAGAAACGCUAUAUCGGACAGAAAGUGUUCCUGAAUUAAUUCGCGCGAUGUGGCAGUCUACGCAUCCAUCCACUUCCUCAUCAUGCCCUUCCUCACAAUUGUCGCAACUGACUAUAUCUGAACCGCGUCCGCCGCGCAUUCUCGUCGCAGCAAAGGUAUUUUAUUUUGGCGUUGGCGGAGGUGUAGAUGAGUUUGCUGAGGCUGUAAGGAGGUGGAAUGGUGCCUCAGGGGUGAAUACCGAAGUUACGACAGUAUGGGAGAAGAACGUGGGCGUUGGGAGAAGAAUUAUUCAAGUGGUUUGGUGA